GAAAUGCUUUGGUGGAGGGCAGAUCAUACUGUAACUACAUGAAAAUAAUCGGAUGGUGGGAUCUUUCUCCAGAUGUGCUAUAAAUAGAAUGCACCAGUUUACCAUUACAUAAUUUGUGACAGAUUGUAAUUUGACUGAUAUAUAGACAGCUAUGCGACCACCAGCUGUUACAUCACACAAGAGACCACCGCAGCGCAGACACUACAUCGACGGUCGUCCCCGUUUUUCUAUUUAAAUAAAACAUUAAAGCUGACCACGACCACCCCCUCCUCUAUGACGACAUCACUCCCAUGUCACGGCAUCAGGGGUUGUCGUUAACGCCCCCCUCGGCCCUGAUCAGGAAGUGAAUCUGUGGGAAAUAGAAAAACGGUCCCUAGAAUGACAUAGAAGCGGGUGAGGUGGGGUAGACCGAGACACCGGGACGAACGCAGGACUCGACACCUAUUUGGAUUCAUCCAGGUGCAAAACGACGGUAUCUUUGAAAGGCACAAAGCACCGGAGAAAAUGCUCAUUAAAGAAUUUCGAGUGAUCCUACCGAUUUCUGUGGAGGAGUAUCAGGUCGGGCAGCUGUACUCCGUAGCGGAGGCCAGUAAGAACGAGACGGGUGGAGGAGAGGGCGUGGAGGUGUUGAAGAAUGAACCCUAUGAGAAAGAUGGAGAGAAGGGACAGUACACACACAAAAUCUACCACCUGCAGAGUAAAGUCCCAUCAUUUGUACGAAUGCUUGCACCAGCAUCAGCACUGAACAUUCAUGAGAAAGCUUGGAAUGCCUACCCAUACUGCCGCACAGUAAUCACUAAUGAGUAUAUGAAAGAAAACUUCCUCAUCAAGAUCGAGACGUGGCACAAACCUGACAUGGGACAGCAGGAUAAUGUUCACGGUUUAGACCCAGACACCUGGAAGAAGGUGGAUGUGGUGUACAUCGACAUCGCAGACCGGAGUCAGGUGGAGCCAAAGGACUAUAAACCAGAGGAAGACCCAACUAAGUUUAAGUCUGUAAAAACUGGAAGAGGGCCGCUCGGUCCGGAUUGGAAGAAAGAACUACCUAAAAAGACAGACUGCCCACACAUGUGUGCCUACAAACUGGUUACUGUCAAGUUCAAGUGGUGGGGCCUGCAAAACAAAGUGGAAAACUUCAUUCAAAAGCAAGAGAAGCGCUUAUUCACUAAUUUCCACCGGCAGCUGUUCUGUUGGAUUGAUAAAUGGAUCGAGCUGAACAUGGACGACAUUCGCAGAAUGGAGGAAGAGACCAGGAGGGAACUGGAUGAGAUGAGAGUGAAGGAUCCAGUGAAAGGCAUGGUGGCUCUUGAAGACUGAGGCUGCUCUGUGUUUCUGGAUGCUGCUGUUCAUAAAGAUUAGACCUGAACUACUGGAGACCAGCAGCAUCACUCCCCUCAUUCAAAUCAAAGCAACUUGUCUUUUCAGUCGUAAUCAGUCCUUCAUCCAGCCCUAUUUGUGGCUGUUUGUCCUGAGCAUCCUCCUUUCAGUCUGACAAUGGAGCACAUUGAUAAAAUAAGCUAUUAUACUGGUUCAAAAGUCAUGCCCACUUUAUGAAGUCUACCUACUUUAUACUUGCUUAUUACAGGGACGAUCAUCAGUUCGUCAUUUCUGAUGUCAGAUCAUUAUCUUUAAAUCUGGAGCUCGACAGAAUUGUAUUUUAUGAUGAGUUCAAUGUUAAGCAUAUAAUAUUUGUGUAUGUAUAUGUAUAUAUAUAGAUAUAUAUAUACACACACACAUACAUCUAUCUAGUGACAGUGGAGUUAUUGUGACAGGUGUACAAACAGGGUUUUUAAGUGACUGUUUUUUUUUUUUUUUGCGGACCAAUAUGUUUUUUCUGUUUUGUUUCAAUCAAGUAGUGAUUUGUUUUGUUUUUGUUUCUCUGCUUUAAUUUAACUCUUUCCACUUUUAAAUCUAUUCACCAGUUGACCCAAGCUGUUUGUGUGUCUCUUUAUAAUGUAGUAGCCCUUCAUCCUGACCCUUACUUGUAACAUGCAUUGUGGAUUCAUCUUGACUGGCAGCUGCUUGGUCACGUUAAAUAUUCAGACCGCAAGUACAGUUCAUAUUUUAACACAAAACAGAUGGUUAUUUAUAAUCAGCUCAGCAUUGCUACAUCAAACAGUAUCACAUUCUUGAAAUAAGCUGAAGUUGAAAGUAUUGUUGUUUGUUUGUUAAUCAGUCAAUAUUAAUGGUUUUCAUUGUCCUCUCUCCUCUUCCAUAAUUGCCUUGUGUGUGAUAAUGUGCUAUUUUCCUCAAGUUUAUUUUUUAUUUAUUUUUAUUUAUUUUUUUUUUUUAAUUAAAGGACAGGUGUACAGUAGUCGUAGCUCGCCCUCUCUUGGCUGUUUUUGAUUGGUUUACAACAUCAGGUUCCGCCCUAUUCUUUCAGCGUCUCGACCGCAUUUAAAAGAACUUUGACAUCUUUCAUAAAAGGUUUAUUUAUUGAAAUCUUAGUUUCUUUUCCUAUAACUAUUCUGUCACUACCAGAUGUGGUGCUCAAGGAGGAUAUUCAUAAAUGUAUUAUUUAUUUUCGUCUCACCUCCUUUAUUUUUCAUUGAAGGAUUGAUUAUCUUACUUCCCCUUUUAUAACUUAUCGUGAGGAUAAAGAUGCAUUUAUCCAGAUAUUAGCAAUAAUACCUCCUUUCACAAAACCUUCCAAUCAGCAUAGCCUACAUGAUGUGAGAUAGUGACUUUAGGAGUAUAUAGUCCACCCCCUCUAAGAAUGUCGCGUCUUUAGGACUUUAAUACAAAUAUACUCUAACUUCCAUUUGCUCCUAAAUUUUAUUGAUAUGGAAUCGGUUAAGGAAGAUGAAAUGGGUUGCGUAAGGAUUUUUAAAUCAGUCUUUUCUUAGUAAUGUGAUGUGUGUAUGGAUGUAUGUGCGUUUGAAGUUCUCAGUGUUUCUUGUUUUCGCGUGAGGGACAUCCAACAUGUAACUAAAAUGGAGGUUUACACCCUUGUGUUUCUUUCAGCCAAUGCUCAGGACCCAUGAUGUGCAGUAAGAUCGUCACACCUAAAUUCACUCUGACAGAGUUAAAUUACUCCCAUAGAAUUAUAACAAAUUCUUAGGAAGUGAAUGCAGGUAAACAUCUUUAAAGUCUUAAUAAUACAACCACCGAUGCACCAGAACUGUGUUGGUCCUGAGUCUAAUCAAAGUGAUGUAUGGAUGUAUGUAUUGAAUUGUAUAUAGUAUAUAUAUAAAUAAAUGUAGAUGAACACAUAAAUAUAUAUAAAUAUAAACUAUAUAAAUAUAGUUCAGACUAUCCUGCCAGGCUAUCAGCACAGCCUUCCAUCAACCCAACCAGAGUAAUUAUAUCUAGCGGUUUAGUAAUGGCUGGGUGUUAUCUGUGGGUGAAGUUACCGUUUUCUGGUGUGACUUUAUCUAAUCUAUCUUCUGAGAUACAUUUGAACAAAGUGUGGCGUUUUAUGGCGGUUUAGGGAAUUAAAAACUAUUUUUAACAGAACCUUCAGAUAACUCCGCCCAUCACUUUCGCUGGCUCCGCCCCUCGUUGCUCCACUUUGGCAGGAUGGUGUCUAAAUAUGUUUUCAUUCAUUGAUUGUUGUUGUAUUUUUGCUGUGAGCUGUAGAAAUCUCUCAAAAUCUUUCAAAUUCCUUUCAAAGCUUACACUGUGAACGAAGCCACGUUUAUGACCUUUGUGCUUGAGAAAAGGCCCUUUUGGGGGGUUUUGGACUUGGUUGCCAUUCUUCUCUCAAGAGACUCGAUUGAAACUUGACCAGUCCAAGUUGGUGUUUGAAUGACAGGUGGCUUAUAAAAGGGAACUAUCCACAUGAACUGAUCAUCAACAGUUUGUUACCAUUAUGUGAGGCAGAUUGUGGUAAACAGGACUUUCUCAUAGAUAUGUUGUUGUUAGAUUUCACAAUUUGUUGUCGAAAUUAAAACCCAAUGAUUCUAGAAAUACAAAAAACAAAAUGUUUUAUUAUGAAUUUGUUUUCUUUUACCUCACCCUGUCAUGCCAUCUGUUUUUUUUUUAAUUAUUAUUAUUUCUUUUACUGUGAAUUUGUGCCUUUUGUCAUUUUAUCUUCCAAUAAAACUACAUUGGAGAUGUGAAAAAAAUAAAUAAACUUUUAAAAAGAAGUGUUUUGCUGGUUUACAUGUAUUUCAGUUUUAAAAAUAUUCUCAGAUAAUUCCGUAAUUAUUUUUUUCCAGCUGUUACCCUGCUUAGUGCACAUGUUCUGAGCUGUGGUGCUCAUGUAGUUGGCAUGAGUUUGAGUCUGGCUCGCAACAUUUUCCAGUCUUUCACCCUUCAUUUAUUGUCCUCUAUACAUUAUGCAAAUAAAACCAAUUCAUAAUUUCCCCAGUAAA